CCGAUAGGGAGCUCAUUUAUCACUAGUAGAAAGGGAUAAGCUCGGGCUCUCUCUCAAACACACUGGAGAGGUGAUCAUUCUAUGCUCAGUCCAAGAUCACACGCCCUCUUCCGGUCUGCUUCCUAGCAUUGCAAUCCCCUCCUCCCUCUCAAAUGGAGAAAUCUUGCCUGGAGUUGGACAUGGAAGAGUGGGAGUUCCUCCCCGAUAACAAGGCCUUCCUGGGCUUCAGCCAUGACGGUGCCAAAGACGUGCUGCUCAAGGAGCUCAUCGUGGACACGAACUACUUCUCAAGCCCUUCCAGAGAUGUUGCAGCUCCACUUAGCUCUGAUCCGACUGCAGGCGACAACCCAAACGACGAGGCUCCCGACGAAGGAUUCAAGGACGUCGGCGUCGUCCCACCGGUGACAUCAGCGAACCAGCGUGAAGUGGUACGUCAAGUCUUCUUCAAGAAGCUGAAGGAGAACGAACUCGUCGACAUGAAGGUGGCCUCCAACGCCAUGGAAGCCAUCACGCCUCGCUUGGAACCAGAGCAGAAUCAGUUGGGUGAAGAAGGCAAGGAGGGGGCUCCGAUGGUGAACGAGAAGGAUCAAACAGCGUCUGAGAUCAAAGGCAAGGCUUGUGGGGAUGGCUUUGGGUUCACACUAUGGAAUUGGAGAUUGACAGGCAUCGGAGCCUUCUGCUGCGUAGCAGCUGCGACCAUCUGCAUCUUCAUCAUUGGCGGCCGACCGCAGCAGAAGCAGAGGAUCCAUCUCGGUAUCCAUGCGGAUGAUAAGAGGAUGAAGGCAACAAGGCUAAACGAUGCACUGUCAUCUCCCACCACCAAGGCACAGGUCUCAGUCGAAGGCCAGUACAAUCAAUAGUGCUCGAUCAACUGCAUGUUAUCAUCAGCAUCACUAAACGCAUAAAGUCCCUACUUAUUUGUACAUGGAUUGUGGGAGAUGAGUAGUAGGAGGAGGAAGUGUGGUGCUAAUAUAUACACAAUUUAAUGGCUAAAGUUAACAGA